CUUGCGCUCACUCCGGCGGAAGCGAUUGGCGAGACGCCGGAUUUGCAGCCCGCCCGAACCGCAGCGCCCGGCGAAGCGCAGGUGGCACCUCAGGAGGAUGGAACUCCAGGCCCACCAGCGGUAGGGGUGGAUCCCUCCGCGGCAGCAGACCGCAUGGAUGUGGACGCCGGCGAAUUCGGGGAAGCGACGAAUAGGGUCGCGGUCCGUGAUGUCAGCGUUGCAAACGCCAUUCCCGGGCUGCGCAGCCUCUUCAAGCACUACGAUCUAGAAAUGUUGUCGCCCUGUCUGGAGGCUCGCUUGGUGUCUCCUGCCGUGUCACCCGGCGAUUCACAGUACGAAAAUGAAUUCUAUCAGCGCGUGCGUGCGGUACUUGCCAGCGAGGAGGACGCAGUUCCCUUGGAACUCGCCUUGGCGCACCAGCGCGAGCUUCUCCAGAUCGUGCUUGCAGCGCACACAACUGCCCUCCGCGUGCGGUGGAGGCAGCCAUUCAAGGGCGCGAUGCAAGAGGGCGCGGGGCAAGCGGCGGACCUCUUGGACAUGCUCGGCGCGGUGGUUUUGCAGGAUUUGCUGAGUGGGCC